AUAAAUAUCAAUGCACAGUUGCUUUUGUUACUGCAUUUCAGAAUUUUCUGCAUUAUACAUUUGAAGUAAUCCAACACACACACACACACACACACACACACACACAUAUGCAUACAUACAUAGAAUGUAAAUAGUCCUAUUUUUAAUAAAGUGAUGGAAAUUCACAAUUUUUUUUAUUUUUUUUAUAUAGACUCAUCAAUAAUAGGUUUUGCCACUUUGUCACGUUUGUUUGGUUUGGGAGAGCAGAGGCAACGCAUAGUGAGUCAUCGUCGUUAUACAGAACAUCUUUGUUCUCAGCAUUCCAAUACAAUGCAGUUUGUCCCUCGUUCAGCAUAACCGUGGUGUUUCUUCAUGUACUGUGACCGUAGUGUGUACAAUGCAGUAGUCUACUGUGUUCCUUUCUUCGGGCAGCCCCAAACCAGCAAGUUUCUCCAAGGCUGACGACUUGCUAGGUUAUGGGGAGCUGUCGGACAAUGGCAAACAGCAGCAGCAGCAGCACAGGCCUGCCGCGUUUGACUUGUCCGCUGCUUCAAAGCUAACGUCAACAUAGCAUCCGAGCUGUGCAUAUGACACGCAGAGACGUUUAAACAUUGUGCGGAUACAAAACCUCAAUAGAAGACGAAUGCAAACCAUGCAACGUGCAUAAAACAACAACAACAAAAACCUUGUCUUCCAUGCGGACUUUUCCCCACUCGCUACUUGACGAGAGUUCAGCGGUGCCCCUCAGUCCGCUAUAAUGUUACGGACGACCACAAGCCGUCUCCUGGGCAGAGGAAAAUCGUUACUCCCGAAGCAAUUGACGCAGGACAUGACGCUGAGCUCCGUAACCGGAGCUCAGCAGAGACUGCGAGUUCUGGUCGACAUGGACGGCGUCCUGGCCGACUUUGAGGGGGGCUUCUUGAAGAAGUACCGGGCCAGGUACCCAGACGAGCCGUACAUCAACCUGGAGGACAGGAGAGGCUUCUGGGUGUCCACGCAGUACGGACGACUUCGGAGUGACCUCUCUGAGAAAGCCAUAAGCAUCUGGGAGUCCAAGGACUUCUUCGGAGAGCUGGAGCCCCUCCCUGGUGGGGUAGAGGCAGUCAAGCAGAUGGCCAAAAUGGAAGACACAGAUGUUUUUAUUUGCACCAGCCCGAUCAAGCAUUUCAAGCACUGCCCGUACGAAAAGUAUGCGUGGGUGGAAAAGCAUUUGGGUCAUGACUUUCUGGAGCAGGUUAUCCUAACCAGAGACAAGACGGUGGUCAGCGGAGACAUCCUUAUCGACGACAAGCCCGACAUUUUAGGUGUGGAGCCCACACCGACCUGGGAGCACAUUUUGUUCACCGCCUGCCACAACAAGCACCUUCCUGUCAGCCCCUCGCGCAGACGCUUGCUGUCCUGGUCUGAUGACUGGAGGGCCAUCCUGGACAGCAAAAGGCAGUGACGCCCUUAACUACAAGCUCCAGGGCACGAAAUCACCAGCAGCGUCGCCUUAUAUUUUCAGGUGCCGAGGUUCAAUUAGGCAAGUGUACACUGAGCCGAGAACAGAGUCCGCACGAACCACACGCGUUAACACGUCUCACCUUAGUAGACCACAAAUGGGCACUCUUAAGACCGAAGCAUGUUUUGACCAAGCCAAAAACAAACGCUGUACUGUAAGAGAUAGACCAGAAUGAAGUCACUUUUAGCCGCUAAAUGUCAAAUGCAUGUGCUCGUAUGGUUUGAAAAAUGGUUUAUAAGUUAACAGAUUUUUGCAGAGGUGCAUGAAUGAGCCACUGGACGUGCAAGAAGCACUCGCUACCUACCAGUAUUCGGCUUAUGAUUUUAAAGGCGCCAAUAAGUGUAUACAAUACACAAACAUAACCAUUUAUACCUGUUUUUCUAUUUUAUUUAGUGUGUAAAUAGAUGCGAGAGAUGAUUUUCUUUUCUUUUUGGUGCUACUUUGUCUGGUUUUUAGCUGGCACAUCUAUGCAUUUAGCUGAAAAGAUAUAUUUUGUUGAUUGUUAUUUGGCCUCACAUCCAAGCAGUUCUCCGGUCUAGUUUUGGGACACUGAACAGAAUAAGCGGCAUCAUUUUAUUUUGUUGAGAUAAAGAGUUGCAUACAGGAACGCAUGUUAGUUUAGAAUAAGAGGCAGUUCAAAUAAGGACUGAUUAUUUUUAAGUGUUUGAUAUUUAAUGCACUAAUGAUACCAAAUCAGCUUCAAAUCAACUAAUAUUGAAGAACUAAUUUGUUUUGUUUGUUUCGAAACGAGGAUGUUUUCCUCCUGUGCUUUACAUUUACAUGCUGAAAUGUACUGUUCUUAUUGUGUUUUUGAGUUUUACUUCAAACAUCAAAGUACUGUAACAUGUCAUCCAUUACAAGAACCAUAUUAGGUUAUUUCUAAUAUGAUUUACCAUUGACUGGUAAAAUACCUUCACAAAGACCUUUGUUAUUGUGUUUAUGUCAAAAAUGUCUUUACUGAAAAUUGUCUACAAUAAGUCCACAUUUUAGCCCUUUUGCAGUUUUCUGUCUGUGUUGCGUCUUUAGAUUGUCUGGAUCUUGUCCUAUAAUGUAUGCAGUGCUUUAUUUUUGCUACUGCUAUUUGCAUUAUUUUCCUAACUGCAGUGCAGAUUUGUUUUCAUAUUCAUAAUGCACAUAAUUUGCUGUAUCGCUGGAAUUUGGAGUGUAUGCUGUAAUUUUUGUGUGGUCAAAUAAAUUCUUUCUAGCCUAAAA